GGAACGUAUCAGUCGUUGUCUGGUCAUUCUCCGGCGAAGAGACUCCAGGAGUAGCGUAAACCACGAGAAGCGUAGGAGGUUAUUAGGCGGUCAAUCCGUUUUGCUCCUUCUGCUUAGGUGCAAAAACCAGUUGUUAGCCAAGACUUUGCUCUCAUGAUGUGGAAUUACACUGGUUUGGAAUCGGUCGGUUUGCUGGCCCUAUUCGUCUUCUGGGGUUUGAUUUUGAAUGAGCUCUGGAUAAUUUUCUACACCUGCUAUUUGGGUCACGUAUUGGGUCACAGCAUCAAACCGAGAAAGCUUGGAAAAUGGGCCGUGAUCACCGGUGCUACCGAUGGAAUAGGAAGAGCUUACGCCGAAGAGUUGGCCUCUAUUGGUCUGAAUAUCGUGCUGAUUAGUCGGUCUCGAGACAAAUUGCAAAGCGUAGCCGCUGACAUCGAAAAUCGACACCACGUCGAGACACGCAUUAUCGACGUAGAUUUCACAAAAGAAACGGAGAUUUAUGAUCGCAUCGCAAGAGACAUUAACGGACUUGAAAUCGGCGUUCUGAUCAACAAUGUCGGCAUGUCCUACAAGUAUCCGGAGUACUUAGAUCAGAUUCCAGACUCGUCAGGUUUCGCCCAACGUGUCGUCAACUGCAACGUCGUUUCGGUGACACGCAUGUGCAUCAUGGUUCUGGGCCAGAUGGCCGAGCGUAAGAAGGGAUUCAUCCUGAACGUGGCCUCCUGUUCAGCUGUUGUCCCAACUCCGCUCAUGUCUCUUUAUUCCAGCACAAAGGCAUUCGUCUACAAAUUCAGCGAGGAUUUGGCGCUGGAGUAUAAGCCCUUUGGUAUUCGCGUCCAGUGCGUGCUUCCCUGUUUCGUCGCUACCAAGAUGAGCGGCAUUAAAAAUUCGUCCAUAAUGGCCCCUUGUCCCGCGGAUUUUGCCCGUGGUACUAUGAAAUCUUGGGGAUUGGAAAUAUCUUCCGCUGGUUAUUGGUUUCAUAAAUUACAGUGGAUUUACUAUCGGAGGUUGAACCAAAUUUCCCCCUCUUCUAUGGCGAAUGUCACAUACAAUAUUAUGAUGGGACUCAGGAAACGAGCCUUCAAUAGACGUGCCCAACAACAACAGCGGCAACAGCAACAACAGGAGAAAAGUUCAGUGGAAACUAAUAACCCUCCCGUUGUACCCGUGAACCGUUAUUCAUUAGCGCGCGUAGAGCGGGAUUUAAACGAAAUGUGGCCAUCGUUGGCUGAAAUCCCACGCUACGGCAUCUCGCUACACGCUCAAACUGGUUUUUAAGAUUUUUUGUGUUCAUUAUUGUUUUCCAUCAAUAGAAAUUCAGAGCGCGACGAGUAGGCUAAAAUUUUUCUUUCAUUUAGCAGUUAUUCCGUAAAAUCUUUUUUUUUUUGCCAUUUAUUCGCCUUCGUGUUACGUAACCUAUCUAACGAGAAUAACGCUUUUUUUUCUACUUUUUCAAUAUGUUUAUUAUCAUACAAGAAGAAUACAUUGCGUCGAAUUAUGCUGGUAA